ACAAUAACAAAAAAAAAAAAACAUCAACAAUGAAAAGUUGUUACAUAGCGAAUUGUGACAAAAGUUGUGAUUUCGAUAACAGCAGAAGCUUAUUUAUGGUACCAACGGCGCCAGAAGCUAUUGCACUAUGGAAGGCUGUUGUACCGGAGAACAGAAGACCUUUGACAAAAGGCGACAAACUUUGCCACAGACAUUUCCAGGAGUCGGAUAUAGAAAGAUAUUUUGAGCAUACUAUCAAUGGAGAGACAUUUCAGAUGUUGCGAGAUAGACCGCGAUUAAGUAAAACUGCUGUUCCAUCUUUGAAUUUGCAUAUUGUGCUAGGAGAAAAAGAUUCUACAAAGAGGAAGGAUGACCGUCAAAAUCCUGCAAAAAAGAAGAAAAACCAAAUAACUGAAGAGGAUAUUCAAUCAAUUUCUAAAAGCAAUGGUUCUAUCGAAAAUAAAACUGAAAACAUAAUUAUUGAAUUUGAAAAGACAAAUGCUAAAUUUACGAGAGCAACAGAAGGAAAAUCUGCAAACUGUACAUCUAACGUAAAGGAAUCAUGUGAAAAAAUCAAUCAACAAAAACGCAAAGAUUUUGAAGCUUUGUACGAAGAAGUCUUUGCAGUUCAAUUACCUUCACAACUUUGGGGAAUUCAUCGAUGUCCUGAAAUGAGAUUUAUAGCGUUUUCGCGUUUUGAUGCGGAGAGUUUAAGAACUGAUCUAGUUGUUUAUAUUUCUGAUCUCUGGGAGUACACUGUAUCAUUUAAAGGAUUGAACGUAAAACAGAAAUGUCUUUCUGCAAUGACAGAAGAUUCAAUAACAGUACUGCUAGAUGAAGUUGAUAGUGCUAGAUACUAUCUUAAUGAUAAAUGCGAUAAAGUACAUGUUAAACGAAAAUACAUCAAGAAUUUUUAAUUAAAAUCAUUAAAUUCUUUA